AUGAGAUCAGUCAUAAAAUCGGAGUUCAAUGCACAGUCCGUCAUAUACGUAACUAAAAAAAAAAUGGCGAAAACAAACUAUAAAAAUAACGUUGCAAGAAUAGUGGAUAACGAUUGCAAGAUCCAUAUGGAGGAAUCGGAAAAGUUGCUGGAACUCGAGAAAUCGCGGAACGCCCAAAUGUGCAUCGAAUUCAAUGAUCUUUGUUAUUCAGUUCAUCAUAACCAUAAAAAGAGAGAGACUGAAAAAACGAUCUUACAUAAUGUAACGGGAUACUUCGAACGGAGGAAAGUCACGGUGAUAAUCGGUCCUUCCGGUGCGGGAAAGACCACUCUGCUGAAAAUCAUAUCAGGCAAACGAUUGACCGACAUUAAGGGCACCAUUACCAUAAACGGCGUUGAACGAAAUAAAGGGACAUUCCGGAAACAGGUGUGCUACGUGCCGCAACAAUUGGCUCUAUUACCGUUUCUCACAACUAGAGAAACUCUUUAUAUAGCGGCUCGACUGAAACUUGAUAUUAAUCAGAAUAAAGAAGCGAUUUGUUCAAUUCUCGUUAAUACGCUGCAUAAUAUGUCGAGAGCAAAUUGCACUGUGAUUUGUGCAAUACAUCAACCCAGUAGUCAAAUAAUUUCGCUCUUCGAUGACAUUAUGGUACUGAGUCAAGGCAGAAGUAUGUACUGCGGUCCAAAGAGCGAGAUUUUAAAGACGUAUAACAUUGCCGGGUUCACGUGUCCCAACUUCUAUAACAUAGCUGAAUUUGUGCUCGAGGUUAUAACCGAACAAAGAGGUGGUGACUUGGAGAAUCUAUACAAAAUUUGUCAUGAUGAAUGCGAAAAAUUCAAAUUACAUAGUAUACAAAAUAAAAACAAAUUGAAUUCAUCAAUUGAUCUGAAGCAAAAAUGUGAAACAAAUAAUACAAGUACACUAAUAAACAACAUAAUACAAGAAAAGUCGACAUGGCAACAGCAAAAAAUUUUAUUUUUACGAGCUCUAAUCUACAUAAAGCGAGAUACAGUCUUAACAAAAAUAAGAUUUGUGACGCACAUCGGUGUCGCGCUGCUAUUAGGAACAGUUUUCUAUAAUUUUGGUGACGAUGCAGAAAAAGUGAACAGUAAUAUCGCUUGCUUGUUUUUCUAUCUGUUAUUUUUAUUCUUUGUGAAUGCCGAACGGACAAUACAAACGUUUCCCAUAGAAGCGGCAGUAUUUUUAAAGGAACAUUUAAAUAAUUGGUAUUCUUUGAGAUCCUAUUAUAGCGUAAAAAUAAUAACGGAUUUCGUGAUGCAAAUACUUUGUACAUCAGCCUUCGUAUUUAUAUCAUAUUAUAUGACAGGACAGCCAAUGGAAUAUGAUAGAAUUCUAAAGACGUGGAUCAUUUGUCUGUUAAUUACGAUGCUUGGACAAACGGUCGGGAUAAUUGCAGGCACAGCGUUUGGUACUGAGUUAGGUAUGUUUUUAUUAUCGGCAACUCAUAUACCAUUAUUGCUCUUCGCUGGAUUUUUUACGAAAAUAGGAGAAAUGUCGCCGUACCUGCAGUUUUUAAGUGUUAUAAGCUAUUUCAGAUAUGCAUUUGAAGGGAUAAUACAGGCGGUUUAUGUUGAUCGACCGAAUCUGAAGUGCUUGGAAAUUUAUUGUCACUUACGUUCACCAAGCAAGAUUCUUUCAAUGGCGGACAUGCCAACAGUACCAUUUUAUGCAGUUCCAAUAAUACUUAGCUCUUGGAUACUCUGUUUACACGCGGUCCACUAUGCAAUACUUCAUUGGAAAAUUUAUUAUGCAAAAAAAUAACGAGUAAAAUUAAUAUUCACCUCAAACUAUAAUACAUAUAUUCUCAAACAAUGUUCUCAAGAUACCUCAAAUAAAAAAUUACUCAUUGAGCAAAUUCUAUCUGCAAUUAAUAUAUGCAGAAUCUCAAGAGAACUAAUGGGAUUAAGAAUAUAAACAGUUUUGUAAAUUGUUUAUAUCUAACACUCAAUAAUAACAAAAAUAAAAUGUGUGAAUUUUACAAUUUCUAGUUUGAGCAAACUACGCGUUGGUAACUGAUUAUGAUGACAGUAAGAAUUUGCGUUUUUUAAAAAUAAGUGGAAGUGUUGUGUGUUUAAGGUCCGAUUGCACCAACAUUACUUUGACUUUAAGCAAGGCUUAAAACUCUUUCCUUCUUUCUUUAAAGCUGAGAUGAAGGAAAAGAUACAGUUUAAAAUAUCAUUUAAAGUCAAAGCAAGUUGGAGCGAUCGCUUUUGGGAAGAUACUAUUAGUGCCAUUCUAUCCUUAUUUUAUGUCUAUGAAUGAUAAAGAUAGAAUAACACAAAUAGCGCUAAUAGUACGUCUCUCCAAACUCACGCAUAGUAAGAGUAGAAGCACUGCGCAUAUUUUUAAUGUUUUAAGUUAGCAAUAAAUUAAAAAGACAAGAUGCUAAGUUAACUGUACAUAAACCAGAUUGAUAGAAGGAUGUAGAAAUGAAGAAAGUGCGGAAGAAGUAAAGUAUAUAUAAAGUAUAGAAAGAUAAAAUAGAUAUUAAAGGAGAUGGGCGGUAGAAAUUUAAAUCGCGAAAAUGGCGGGGAGAUAUACAUAAGACGAGUAAAAAAAUUAAUUGUAAUAAAAAAAGAUAGAAAUAAGAAAGCUAUUUGUAAAAAAAAAAUUAAAAAAAAAGAAUAGGAAGGAGAAGAAUAAGGCAACAAGGCCGAAUGUUGAAGUAUUAAAGAAUGCGAAAUUUAAAAUCGCAAGAAAUAGAAGUACACAGGUAAUAGACGGUAAAAAAAUAACUUAAGAGAAAGAAAUAUAAAGAGAGUAGAAAUGAGAUAUAAUAGAUUAAUAGGUAUAAAUGAAAAUAAGAAGUGAUAGAUAGAAAUUAAGGGAAAAGGAUUAAGAUUUUUAAGGAAAGAAAAUUUGGAAUAAAAAGAAGUGAUGGAGAGAUAACUAGAGGUAUAUUGUAAAUAAAGAUAGAAAUAAACGAUUACGAGAAAACAUUGUAUAUGUACGUCGAAAUUGAUGCGUUAGGGAUUAUAUUUAAAAAAUAGCCAACAUAAAAAAUAGAUGGAUAAAUGUA